AUGAUACGAGUAAGCUUGUGUAUCUUGUUAAUUUCAGUUAAUCUUGUUGCAACUCAAGAUAUAGACUUUGGUGGUAUUGCCAGUACUUUAUUCACUGAUAUAUUGACUUCUGUAACAAGCCAAUGGGGUAAUAUGUCAUCAGAGGACAUGACGUCUUUCAUCGAUAAACUUCUUCAACCGGGUGGAUUACAUCAUAUUUGGGCUGCUCUAGAUGAUCAUUGUAGUUCACACUUCGAUUGUGGUCCGGAUGCUUGCUGUUUACAACCAACUAUGCAAGGAAAACGAGCCUUUACUGACUCAGCUCAAAACCAGGCAAUAUUAAGACUACCAAAUGCUCGGAAUGUAUUAAAAGAAGGUUUCGAAGUCUGCGGAUAUUAG